CAGUAGCGUGAGCCAUUGCUGGACCCUUCCUAUCAGAAAAGUGCACAAAAAUAAGCUGUUUCACAGUCACACUACCUUCUCAGGGUGCUUAAGAAGUGGUAUCAGAGUUUCUCUACUAGUCAAACAAACUAGUCAACAAACUGCUCCCUGGGAAAGUUUUGCCUUGUUUAUGGAACAGAGGCUCUGCUAGUAAUGGAGAAGGGAGCAGCCACGUUUCCUUUACUGACCUUUACUCCUUGCCCUCAGGGUCCUCCCUCUACCUCCCCUUUCCCACCCAAGAAGACUGAUGCGUGCAUUUAUUGCUCUGUCCGCUGCUUGCUCGGUCUGGCUAAUUGACUGUGUUUCUGUGUCUCUUCUUCUCUCCCCUCAGGCCUGUGAAAGAGAUCUGCAGUGUGGAGCGGGCACCUGCUGUGCCAUCAGUCUGUGGCUCAGAGGGCUCCGGAUGUGUACCCCGCUGGGGCAGGAAGGAGACGAAUGUCACCCGGUUAGCCACAAGGUCCCUUUCUUUGGGAAACGCCAACACCAUACAUGCCCCUGCUUGCCGAACUUGCUGUGCUCCAGAUUCAUGGAUGGCAGAUACCGGUGUUCGAUGGACUUCAAGAACAUAGACUUUUAGAAAUUAAUCUGUUCCAAGAGCCCCUUCCCGUGCUGCCUCUCAAACCCAUUCAAGCCCCUUCCUGCUCUUCAACAAUCCAAUCCCCUCUUUUCCCUAAGCUGCUCCACCUCAGUCGAAGUGAAAGCCUCCUCCCCAUAGAGAAUACAAGUUUUGCUAUUUGAUGGGGGUCAUGCAGAGUCACUAUUGCCAAGUCCUUAGUGGACUAAUUCCCUAUUUUUUUUUUUUGGCCAGGGAUGCUGAUAUGACUUGACCAGAAAAUUAAGUACUGAUGUGACAUUCAGUUGGACAAUUUCUGUUUUUUUUCCCCAUGGGACUAUGACUCCUAGUAGAGCCCCUGAGGUAACAACUGUACUGACAGGUGUGUAAAAGAUUAAAAUGUUGCUUUGUUUUUUCUCAUCCCAUCCUCUUCAGAAAUGAAGUCUUCCCCCCCCCCCCAUACUGGUCCUUAACCUCCUUCCCAUUCUCCCCAAUAGAAGAAUGUUCUUUCCUUACAUACAGCAAUCUGAAGUUUCCCUAUUCAUAGCACAGAAGCCUUCUGCCAGUAUCACCCAAAUAUCCACUCUUUCUAACCCAUCCUAGAGAGUAUGAGUCUCAGAAUCACAGAAAUUUUUUUUUCUCUGCUGCCAUUCACUUGGCUCGGGACACUGAAUUCUUUGUCUGAGGAUACACAUGUGGGCCCAGCCUUACUAGUCAGCUCUUUAGGAAGGAAGAAGUUUGACUAAUAUAAUUAAAAAUAAACUACAUUCUGUGAUGUUCCUAUAAAAUAUGAUUUGGGGGAAUCUGAGGACCACUUCUCUACUCCCACAUUCUCAGAUAACUAAUUAGAUGACCUUGGACAAAAUCACUUCAUUUCAUAGACUGGUGAGAGUUGCAAAGUCAACUAGUGCAGGCCUCUUAUUUACUUCUCUAGAUCUUAGUUUCCUUAUUUGAACAGAUAAUUCCAAAUUCUUUUCCAGCUGGGAAAUUCUGAUUCUUAAAUUCUUUGUUCUCUUGCCUCUACAGGGAUUUUACUAUUAGUAGUUCAUUCCUUUGGAUUCAUGGAGCCCCUGGAAAAAAAAUACUAUCAUCCUUGGGAGUAGCUAAUAUUUUAAAUAGUUACUUUAAAGUAAGUUUUUAUCAGUUUCGUUUCAAGUGACCCCUAACUGGGAGGAGGUUUUGAAAGUGGAGAAGGGAGAGGCAUAUUGAAAGGAGAUAUGAGAAGAUAACAGAGAAGUAAAUAUUACCCACUUCACAAUUUUCCCCAUGGCAGGCCAGUGCACAGCCCCAAAUGCUUAACCCACACUUCUUUUCCUGAGUGCUUUUUGAUUUUUCAAAAGUCCAGAACAUUGUGUUACUCACCAUCCUCCUCAAAACAUGUUGAUUAAACCUUACUUCAGAGCAUUAUAUAUAGUUACCAAGGCACAGAGUCUGAAACAAACCCUGUGAUAUUAAUAAAAUAUGCCAGCUGCAUAAUAUUCAACUAAAAUAUAUUACCAAUGAAUUACUUAUUGAAUAUCACAUAAAUGAUAGGAGAGAGGUGGCUCCCCACAUGGGUUGCAGCCCUCCGCACUGGUUCUAAUCCCUAGGACUCCCAUGCCAUCCUUUAUCCUUAGGGGAUGGAGAACACCAAGGUGAGUGACAUCUUGGGGACCCAGCCAGCCAAGGCCAAUUAGACAGCACUUGCAAUCAAGUGACGACUUUCAGUAGAUUGUAGUGAAGCUGCUAAUCUAUCACAGAACAUAGGAACUCCUAAUGCAGAAGCAGGUUGUCUGCCAAUGAGUUUCUUCAUAAAUGGAAGCAUAUGACUGGCAAAAGAAGUGAACUGGUCAUAGAGUGAGAGCCAGUCCAGACUCAGCACUGGUACCCACAAAUAUAAGACUCCAACGAAUACCUCCUAGGACCCUCAGUGGAUCCUUGAUGAAGGAUCCAUGGGAGAACAUGGAUGAAAAUCCCUUCAGAUGAGAAGGCGUGGCCAACUCUUGAGGGUUACCAAUAGAGGCAAUGCCCGUGUGGGUAAGGCCAUAGAUACCUUUAAGGAUAGAUCACAUAAAGGUCAGAAAUUUUUGUGUGCUGAAAAACCCUUGAUUUUUGAGGGCCUCUUUGAGAUCUUUUAGGUCCAUGUAUGACAAGAUGCCUCUGCUCUAGACAUAUUCCCGCCCUUCUAACAUCCCCGCCUGGCCCCUUUUCUGGAUUCCUCCAUAUCUGCAAUCUUUCACACUGCAAACUUCUAUGCCCCUUGGUACCUUCAACCAGAUCCUGCCUGUAACAUUGAAGAUAAAAAGAACCAAUCAGACUUACCUGAGUGAGAACCCACCCUUUGUAUAAAACUAUAUGCCCUCACCAAAGUUGCCGAGUAGCUGGGUGUGGAAGACAGAGCUCUGGCAUUUCUAUGUCAAACUGAGAGUGAUGACAACUUGAACUAUGCUUUGUUCUGAGCCCCAAGAGCAGCUCCUGCCUUCUUUCUCCUGUUGUGGUUUGAGAUUUCACAUACUCUUCCAGCAACUAAGACUUUGUCCUCAAGCCCUCUUUCCUUUGUUUCCUUAUGUCCCUUUCUUCUUCCUUUGUGUGAGUUAAAACAUAACUAGAAAU